AUGGACUCCUCAGAAAUUACCAUGUCGGAACCGAAAUACAUCAAUUUCCCUUGUCUUCCUCCCGACACCAAACACCCGGAUGGCUCCCCCGCACUCAACCGGUGGUCAUCGGCAAUCACCAAUGGUCAUGAUUUCCCAGGCGCGAGGGCUAUGCUUUUCGCUGCUGGUGUCCCAGAUAAGGAGGCAAUGGCCAAGGCGCCCCAUGUGGGCAUCGCGUCAGUUUGGUGGGAGGGAAAUCCAUGUAAUAUGCAUUUGAUGGACUUAGGGAAAACUGUUAAGAAGGCUGUGAUGGAAAAGGGCAUGCUUGGGUGGCAGUACAACACGAUUGGUGUUUCAGAUGCAAUCACUAUGGGCAAUGACGGCAUGAGAUUCUCGCUGCAGACUCGAGAAAUUAUUGCGGAUAGCGUUGAAACCGUUACCUGUGCCCAGGGCCACGAUGCCUGUAUCGCCAUUCCUGGCUGCGACAAGAACAUGCCCGGUGUGGUCAUGGCUAUGGCGCGCCAUAACCGUCCUUCAAUCAUGAUCUACGGUGGUACAAUCAAUAUCGGAUACUCAGAGUGCCUCCGAAAGCCCAUCAAUGUGUCCACAUGUUUUGAGGCGGCCGGCGCGUACGCAUAUGAUACUCUCCGCCAGCCCGACGAUGGCGGUGACACCAGCAAGACCAAAGAUGAGAUCAUGGAUGACCUUGAGAAGCACGCUUGCCCAAGCGCCGGCGCAUGCGGUGGUAUGUUCACGGCAAACACUAUGGCCACUGCUAUCGAGUCCAUGGGUCUGUCUUUACCCGGAUCCUCAUCCACACCUGCCUCAUCGCCCUCCAAAAUGCGCGAGUGUGUGCGCGUGGCCGAUGCUAUUAAGGUCUGCAUGGAGAAGAACAUACGACCACGCGAUUUGCUCACUAAGCGAGCUUUCGAUAAUGCCUUAGUAAUGACCAUGGCGCUCGGUGGUAGCACCAACGGCGUUCUCCAUUUCCUGGCUAUGGCCCGCACAGCGGACAUUGACUUGACCCUGGACGACAUCCAGCGCGUCAGCGACAGGAUCCCAUUUAUUGCCGACUUGUCACCCAGUGGUAAAUACUAUAUGGCUGAUUUAUACGAGAUUGGUGGAAUUCCAUCUGUGCAGAAGCUGCUGAUCGCAGCGGGUCUAUUGGACGGUGAUAUUCCCACAGUGACUGGCAAGACUCUUGCCGAAAACGUAGCAUCUUGGCCCUCGCUUCCCCAGGAGCAGACCCUGAUCCGCCCAUUGUCGAAUCCUAUCAAGGCUACGGGUCAUAUUCAGAUUUUGCGUGGCAAUCUUGCUCCUGGUGGUGCCGUUGCCAAGAUUACCGGUAAGGAGGGUCUCCGGUUCACAGGCAAAGCCCGCGUUUUCAACAAGGAACACGAGCUCAAUGACGCCCUGAGCGAGGGUCGUAUUCCCCGUGGUGAGAAUCUGGUUUUGAUUGUCCGCUAUGAAGGUCCCAAGGGUGGACCCGGUAUGCCCGAGCAGCUCAAAGCCAGUGCCGCACUCAUGGGAGCCAAAUUGAAUAACAUUGCGCUUAUCACCGAUGGCCGUUACUCCGGUGCCAGCCACGGAUUCAUUGUUGGCCAUAUUACUCCUGAGGCUGCCGUUGGUGGUCCCAUUGGGCUUGUUAAAGAUGGGGAUGUGAUCACUAUCGACGCUGAAAAGAACGAGAUUUCUAUGGCCGUGCCUGACGAGGAAAUUCAGGAACGUCGUCGGCUGUGGACCCCACCGGUGCCACAGAUUACUCGGGGUGUGUUGGCCAAGUAUGCGCGCUUGGUGGGCGACGCUUCGCACGGUGCCAUGACAGAUCUAUUCUAG